GGUAAGUCAAUGUUGUUGUAAGGUACCUAAAAGCGAAGUUUAGAAGGAGUCUGCAUUGCAGUCAUCAAAUGGAAGGUUAAACUUGGAAAACAAUCUAUAUUUAAUUCUUUAUUGCUAUGAGUAAAUUAUCAAAGAGUGUGCAUAAGUCUACUUUGGUUUAUCUAUAAUCAUUUAGAGCAAUUUUACAGCAUGGAAGUCGAGAAAAAGAAUUUUAUGGAUACAAAGAAGAAGGACAUCCCAUCUGAAAAGUCAUGUCGGCCGCUUCGCAAGAUUUUAACAUCUGGACCUAAAUUUCCAUUCCUCCACGAAGGGGAAAUUUCUGUGUGUCGACUAAAUCAUCAAAGGACACUUUUAAGCAAACUUUUAGGCUCGAAGCUGCUACGAAGAUGGGAAACACACAGGAUUGUACUGUCAGAUAGCCAAAUUUACUCAACGACGCCAACUGGUUGCAUGGAAUUUGGAGUAUCGUACAAUGAAAUACAAGAUGUUCAUAGUCUUCCGAGAUGGGACACAGGCCAAAGAUUUGUCAUUCAGAUCACAAUUCCGGACGGCCUGCUUUUACUGCAAGCAAAUAACACAUACCUUCGUGACCAAUGGAUGCAUUCGUUGGUUUGGAGGGUUAAUGCGAAUAGAUAUCGAAAUUUAUUUGCAAAGCUCCGAAAUCCGGAAGAACUUGUUAAAGAGCUGAAGGAGCUGAUUCAGUUGUCCUUGGUAACGCAGCUACACGAUGACAUCGUUUUUCAACUACCGUUGAACACAGUAUCAAACUUGUUACUUCAUCAUGGAUACAGGAUGGCAGAUGCUGUAAAGGAGGCCUUACUGCGGGCAACUGAGCCUCUGUUAGAAAUUCAUAACCCAACGCCGGCCAUCUGCAAAUGUUUCCAAAAGAUAUGCAAAAACCGGCCUCACAGAUCGGAUAUUUUCAACGUCUUUGUACCUUCUGUGCAAAGAAUUUUGAAGCACAACACGGACUUUGGCAAAAUGCCUUACUUGCGUUCUUUGGUGCAAGAUUUCAUUUACGCUAUAUACUUUAAAGAUGAAACUCACGAGGAAUUAUCCAAUUUCAUAGCAAGUGUCCAUACCUCCAGUGCCAGCUGCCCGCAUCCACGAGUCCUUCCUAAUCUCGUUGCAGUUUCAUUGGCAGCUUUCUACACGAUCCACGAUGAGAAAGUGGAAAUGAAAGUAGAAAAGAAGUCAAAACUGCUUUUGUGCUUUCAGAAGCUGCUUAUAGAGCUGGCAAAGUAUCCUGAUUGGCUUCCUGGUUUAUCUACUUUACUUCAAGCCGUGCCAUUUCCGAAGAAGUGUCUUGAAAAUGAAGAAUUCUCUGCAGUUUUGGCGGAGGUCCUAAAGAUAUUUGCUCGAGACUCCAGAUGUGAGGUCCAUCAAAAUAUUUUACCAAUACGCGAAGGAAAGCAAGGUUGGAUUCACCAUUUUGCGCCAGAUGGUAUCUGUUGCCACGACGAUGCUGCUGUUUUUGCUGAUAUCUUUGCCCAUUUAAUGAGCUGCUGUGGCAAGCGGAAAAAGUUUUUAAUGGGCAUACGACAAUGCAUGAGAAAUUCUUUUGCAUUGAUGGCAAUAAGAGGAGACGAAAAUUGCAUCGAGGCUCUGACCUUAUUAUUGGAUUUUGACCUGGUCGAGGACGAAGAUGAGAAACAGCAGAUUAUUACUGCCUUGCAGACCACUGAAUGUGGACUGCGAAGCUACGAAGAGCUGUGCUCUAAAAAGACGAAAUUUAGAGAAAUGCGAAAACAAGAUGGCCCAACACAUCUUACGCUGCCUACUAAAUCAACGGACCAAGAUCUGGCGGCUGUUUUGAGAUCUGGCUCAUUUGGUAACUUAGAAAGCCUGAACCUCGCUUUCACAAGAGUCACUGGCGCAUGCGCAGAGUAUCUAAUACAGUUGCCUGCUUUAAUUCACCUCAAUCUCUGGUGCACACAGUUUGAUGAUCGUGGACUUCAGUUGCUGACAGAACAUGUCAACACAUUGCAAAGUUUGAACCUUAGUGAAACACCAGUUACUGACGAAGGACUUCAAUCCCUGUGCAUGCUUCCAAAUUUGAAAUUUCUUAACUUAAACAGCACCAAGCUCUCUGCACUUGCUUAUGAAGGAAUUAAGAAUAAACUGCAGACAUUGGAAGAUGUAGACAUCCGGUACACCGAAGCAUGGUGAUAUUAAAAACACUGAGUGCUUUUUCUACGUCACAAUUGAGCCUUAUGAUGAACAGGUCUGCGAAUAAUGUUGGUGCGUGUAACCUGGCUAAACUGUGCUGCUCAAAUUGUGUUAAUAUACAAAGAAACAGUAGCAUUUACAUUAAUGAAGUAUUGAUGCCUUUGAUGUGAAUAACAGCAGACAAAUAGAUGACGUUUUGGAGCCGGUAUUUGCUCGAUUGUGAGUCAAGCUAUGACAGCAAUAGAAUUCCUGCUCGAACUGUCAAUUUUACUCGUAAUAUUUUACUGUGAUUUUCUUUUAAGUUUAAUUCUAAAGUAAAUUAUCAAUUUCGUGCUCAAAGCCAUUCAAAAUGUGCAAGAAGUUGAAAUCUUCAAUUUAAGAAACCAGUCAAGAAAUUAAGGGCGUGGCUUUCAAUGUCGAUGUUUUUUGCCAACAGUACAGGUAUAUUUUAUUGAGAUGCUUUGCUACUAGAAAACGAUCUAUAUUUCCUUCGGACAAACCCAAAAGAUAUGGAUACCUUCCUCGCAAAAAAUUGAAAUAAAAGGCUUGGAUGGGGCACUUAGGUUUUCUUCUGUUUUUCACUGGCCUACCUCUCAAUGUCGUGACCGUGUGACUGCCGUGUUUACAAUGCUCUGAAUCACACAUGCUGACGAAAUAAACUCAUUACACUUCAGUUUAACCCCCGUUGAUUCUUUUUGCAUAUAAAGAAAUGUAUGCAUUUCAAGAGCAAAGCUGUGCUGCGCUGGGUCGUUUUCAUCAGUUUUGCGAUAAUGGUUUUGUUCUCUAAAUCAAAAUCAUACUGCCGAGUGGCUGAUCCGGUUGCGGCCAUUUUCAUUCAUAUAAUUUUUAGGUCAAGGCAACCCCAAAAUUGAAAUCACAGCCGUGAAAGGCAACUGGUGCAUAAAUUUGAUGACCAUAACUUGCAAUAAAGAACAGU